CCCACGGAAUGUUGAGUGCGAUGAAGAACCCUCAUCUUCAUCGUUUGAGGACGACGCGCCUUUUUACGUCCUGUCGGUGACCAAAGGAAACGUCGGCUGCUUACACAAUAAAAGGAGGGAAAGUGAAACUUAAAGCUGAUUUGCUUCCUCGUUGCUGAACGGAGCGCAGAGACGCAUCACGGGGUGAGAAAUCUCUACUAAACAAGAUCACAGCCAUCGAGAUCUGUAAUUCAGAGUCAGAUUUGAUCAUUCAGAGCAAAUGGCUGAAAAAAUUCUUUUGGAAAGUUACCUGAGCUGCCAUGUUUGUUCAGAGACCUUCAGAGAUCCCGUGUCUCUGAGCUGCAGCCACAGCUUCUGUUCAAGCUGCCUGCAGCGAUUCUGGGAACAAGCUGGAAACAAGAACUGUCCCAUCUGUAAAAGUAAGUCCUCAACGGAUGAACCAGCAGUGAGCUUAACACUGAAGGGACUCGCUGACUCCUUUGCUGACAGACAGAAUAAUGGAUCAACUCAGACGGAACCAGAGAAGGAGAAGGUGGAGGUGGUGUGUGAAGAACAUCCAGAAGUCCCUUAUUGGUUCUGUGAGGACGAGCAGAAAGCUGUGUGUCCUGUCUGUGAGUUCUCUCUCCACCAGAGUCACAAGGUGGUUCCUCUAGAACAAGCAGUCAGGAACCUGAAGGACCAGCUGAGAUCUGACUUGAAGUCUCUGCAGGACAAGAAGGACAAACACCAACAAGUGAAGAAAACAUACAAUGAAGUGAUCCAACUCUCCAAGGAGCAGCUGGUGUCCACAGAGAGGAAGAUCAGAGCAGAGUUCAACAAGCUCCACCAGUUCCUGAGAGAGGAAGAGGAGUCCAGACUGGCAGCUCUGAGGGAGGAAGAGGAGCAGAAGGGGAAGACCAUCAGCAGAGAGAUGAAGAUGAUUGAGGAGCAGAUCUCCUCUCUGUCAGACAGCAUCUCUGCUGUUGAAGAAGACCUGCAGAAAGACAACGUGUCGUUCCUCAGCAGUUAUAAAGCCACUCAGACCAGAGCCAGAGUCCAGAGCUCACUGACAGAUCCACAGCUGGUCUCAGGAGCGCUGAUAGAUGUGGCCAAACACCUGGGCAACCUGUCCUUCAGAGUCUGGGAGAAGAUGAAGAACCGGGUACAAUUCAGUCCUGUCAUUCUGGACCCAAACACUGCAUUCUACUUUCUCUAUCUGUCUGAUGAUCUGACCAGUGUGAGAUGUGGAGACACAUUCCAGCAGCUUCCUGAGAAUCCAGAGAGAUUCACUAAGUAUACAGAAGUUCUGGGCUCUGAGGGCUUCAGCUCAGGGAAACACAGCUGGGAGGUGGAGGUGGGAGACCAUCCUUACUGGCUUGUAGGUUUGGUUAAAGAGUCAGUUGACAGGAAGGGAGCGAUGGGUGUUUCACCGAAAGAUGGAGUCUGGUGUCAUCACAGUGGAGAAUACACUAAUGGAGCUGGUCAGACUGUCAGAGUGAAGAAGAGUCUCCAGAGGAUCAGAGUCCAGCUGGACUACGACAGGGGGGACGUGUCCUUCUACAACCCUGAAGACACGACUCCCAUCUGCACUCUCAGAGACACUUUCACUGAGAAACUCUUCCCAUGGUUUAAUAUUGGAAAGUCUGGUGACGCUAAAACUGCUGAUAUCAAAAUCUGUCAAGCUGAUGUUUCUCUGUGAUGUUCAGUGAAGGUGGUGAAGUCAAAGUGAUUCAUCAGCAUGUUUAUUAUAGUCUUUGUUGUUGUGUUCUGUAAAUAUUUUCAAAUUAAGGAAUGAGAAACUAAAGUAUAAAUAAGAAGAACUAUGUGUGUGAGGGAUGACGUUCUAAAUUGUGUUUUUGGUGUAAAUAAUCUUCAAAUACAGACAAUCAUUUUAUUUUGAACUACUAACUACUUUUUUUUCUAACGCAACAACGUUAGGUUUGCAUUAAAAGGCUUUAGUUUCAAAUCACGUCACCACAUAAAGCCUCAUCUCAUCGCAUUCAUCUUUAAAAUUUAACAAGUUCUUCAUUGUGUUUUACAGUAAACUGUUCAGAUUCAUGAAUAAAUGGUUCGGUUCCUUCAGGUGAGAAAAGAUCAUCAGUCUUUAACUAGAAGGACUUUGUUCCAGUUUCAGAGAACACGCGUCCUGAUAUCUGGACAAACACAAUAAAAUGAUAAUGAAUAAUUGUAAUGAGGAAUAUCAUGACGAUCUGGUCUGUUGACAUCAACGUUCUGUAGAUAUUGUAGAGCAGCAGUGAAGGAAGUAUUCAGAUCCUUUACUGCAGUAAAAGUACUCACACCCAACUGUGAAAAAGUCCUUCUAAACCUUACUUAUGUAAAAGUAUCAUGUGUAAAAUGUACUUCAAGAAAGAUCCUCAUUGUGCAUUAAAGUGUUUCCUGUCUGUUAUACAUGAAGUUUCUGGAUGAAUAUUUCGGCUUCAUUGAUGUGCAGCAUUUUACUGUCAUAGAUGUUGACGCUUGUGUUCAUUUAAACUCUUUUAUAUCCUG